AUGAAGAGUGGCUCGUCGCCGCAGCUGGACUAUGUGCUGGUGCCGCUGGGCCUGGCGUUGAUGGUGGGCUACCACAUCUGGCUGCUCCUCCGCAUCCGGCGCCGCCCGGAGACCACCGUGAUCGGCAUCAACGCCAUCAACCGCCGCAUCUGGGUGCGCCACAUCAUGGAGGACCCGUCGGGGAAGCACGCGGUGCUGGCGGUGCAGACGCUGCGCAACACCAUCAUGGCCUCCACCGUGCUGGCCUCCGUCGCCAUCACGCUUAGCUCGCUCGUCGCAGGGCUCAUGGCCAGCGGCGCCGCCGGCGGGGGCCGCCUCUUCUCCGCCUCCGGUCUCCCGGUGGGCGCCGGCAGCGGCGAGGCCGCGCUGGCCGCCAAGUUCUUCGCGGUGCUCGUCUGCUUCCUCGUUGCGUUCCUCCUCAACGUGCAGUCCAUCCGGUACUACAGCCACACGGGGCUCCUCGUCAACGUGCCGCUCGCCGCACACCGCCGCCCCGCGCGCGCCGUCGGAUACGUCACCGGCACGCUCAACCGGGGAUUCUACUUCUGGUCGCUCGGCGUCCGCGCCUACUACUUCUCGUGCCCCGUCUUCCUCUGGCUCUUCGGGCCCAUCCCCAUGUGCGCCUCCUGCGUUGCCAUGGUCGCCGCGCUCUACUUCCUCGACGUCAACAAGGAGUGGGAGGACAAGGAUGACGACGGACGGCGGCAGCGAGGAUGA